AUGACUUCGCGUACCAAAAUCAGUGUCCGUGUUAUCGCUGCUGAAGGAUUAUAUAAACGGGAUAUGUUCCGUUCUCCAGACCCUUUUGCAGUUCUUACUGUUGACGGUUCUCAAACGCAAACAACGGAAACUUCCAAAAAAAACCUCUCUCCUCACUGGAAUCAGACCUUUCAGUUUAACGUGACGGAGAAUUCUAUUCUAAUUAUCCAGGUGUUUGACCAGAAGAAAUUCAAAAAGAAGGAUCAGGGCUUUCUUGGUGUUGUCAAUAUCCGUGUUGGUGAUGCCAUCAAUUUACAGGAUUCAUCUAGCGAGCAAACGAUUGCCGAGGAGUUGAAACGGUCCAACUCCAAUUUGAAUGUUUCUGGAAAGCUAGUUAUAACUAUUUCGCACAAUACCCUUGAGGCAAGUUUACCUUCUGAUUCUGUUGCGUCCUCUUCGAGAGUGUCUGCAGCCAAUGGUCAAUUUCCUGGAGCUGCCGCGGCUUCCGCUGCGGGUCCCCCCCCUAUUGGGGGUUCGCCACCUUCUGCAUCCCGUGUUACGACUCCUGCUACAGCGCCUCGCCAAUUUUCAUCUUUUGAAGAUCAACUGGGUCGUCUUCCGCCAGGAUGGGAACGGCGUACAGACAACUUCGGACGUACUUACUAUGUUGAUCAUAACACAAGAACCACAACUUGGAAGAGGCCUACUUUGGAAAGCUCGGACCAUCAUGCUGCCAAUAGUAGAACUUCAAUUGGAGCUUUGUUGUCAUCUCCGCCUCAAAGUCCUCCUAUUUCUACACCUCAAUCUCCUCAGCUGACCGGUGGGACGGACCAGUCUACGGCCAUGCAAAUGGCUGCAUCCGGAGCUACUACUCCGGGCUUGGGAGAACUUCCUCCGGGCUGGGAACAAAGAUUCACUCCUGAGGGACGUCCUUACUAUGUUGAUCACAACACUAGAACUACCACGUGGGUUGACCCCCGUAGACAGCAAUUUGUCAAAAGCUUUGGUGCCAAUGCAGGCUACAAUGCUCAGAGACUAUCUGCUAUGGGUCCUCUUCCUAGUGGAUGGGAGAUGCGUCUUGCAAAUACAUCCCGUGUUUAUUUUGUGGAUCAUAAUACCAAGACCACGACCUGGGAUGAUCCUCGCUUGCCUUCUUCUUUGGACCAAAACGUUCCUCAGUAUAAGAGAGACUUCCGUAGAAAGCUUGUUUACUUCCGUUCUCAGCCUGCUUUGCGUAUAUUACCCGGUCAAUGCCAUAUUAAGGUGCGCAGAGAUAACCUUAUGGAGGAUUCAUACAGAGAAAUCAUGCGCCAGACUCCAGAAGACUUGAAAAAGAGAUUGAUGAUCAAGUUUGACGGCGAAGAAGGUCUUGAUUACGGUGGAGUUUCUAGAGAAUUCUUCCAGCAGCUUUCACAUGAGAUGUUUAAUCCGGUUUAUUGCUUGUUCAAGUAUGCUUCCAGCGACAAUUACACGUUACAAAUUAACCCUGAUUCUGGUGUCAAUCCUGAGCACUUGAGCUACUUUAAGUUCAUUGGAAGAACGGUCGGAUUAGGUGUGUUCCACAGGAGAUUCCUCGAUGCCUUUUUCGUUGGUGCUAUGUACAAGAUGAUGUUGCAUAAGAAAAUCGUUCUUCAGGACUUGGAGAGUGUUGAUUCUGAAAUGUACAAGUCCCUGUGCUGGCUUCUUGAGAAUGAUAUUACUAGUAUUAUUUUUGAGACGUUUUCUGUUGAGGUUGAUCAUUUCGGUGAGAGAAAUACAGUUGAUUUGAAGGCAAAGGGAAGUGACAUUGAAGUAACCAAUGAGAAUAAGAAGGAGUUUGUUGAGCUUAAGACUGAGUGGAUCAUCUCCAGACCUAUCGAGCAGCAAUUCAAGGCAUUCAUGGACGGAUUCAAUGAACUGAUUCCGGAAGAAUUGGUCCAAGUGUUUGAUGAGAAGGAGCUUGAACUUUUGAUUGGCGGUCUCUCUGAGAUUGAUGUGGAAGACUGGAAGAAGCACACAGAUUACAGAGGAUACCAGGAGAGUGAUGAGGUGAUUCAAUGGUUCUGGAAGUGUGUGGCUGAGUGGGAGAGUGAUCAAAGAGCAAGAUUGCUACAGUUCACCACGGGUACUUCGCGUAUUCCUGUCAAUGGAUUUAAAGAUUUACAAGGUUCCGAUGGACCGAGAAGGUUCACGAUAGAGAAGGCUGGGGAUCCGGAUCAACUUCCGAAGUCACACACCUGUUUCAACAGAGUUGAUCUUCCACCUUAUAAGGACUACGAGAGCUUGAAAAAGAAGUUGACUAUGGCUGUCGAAGAGACUGUUGGGUUCGGUCAAGAGUAA